AACACUGUGCUCCGGCAUCUAAAGGAAUCAAGAUGAGGCCAAUAUUGAUGAAGGGCCAUGAAAGGCCUUUAACUUUCUUGAAAUACAAUAGAGAUGGAGAUCUCCUCUUCUCUUGCGCUAAGGACCAUACCCCUACCGUUUGGUUUGCUGAUAACGGCGAACGCCUCGGCACUUAUCGUGGCCAUAACGGUGCCGUUUGGUGCUGCGACGUUUCCAGGGAUUCGUCCAGGCUAAUAACUGGAAGUGCUGAUCAGACUGCAAUGCUGUGGGACGUCCAAACUGGUACCCAGCUGUACACAUUCGGCUUUGACUCCCCUGCUAGGUCUGUUGAUUUUUCGGUUGGCGAAAAGCUUGCAGUGAUCACCACUGAUCCUUUUAUGGGACUCACAUCUGCUAUCCAUGUUAAACGCAUCAGCAGAGACCCCAGUGACCAAAUUGGUGAUUCGGUGCUUAUCUUAAAGGGUCCCCAGGGAAGAAUCAACAGAGCUGUGUGGGGACCCCUGAAUAAAACAAUUAUAAGUGCUGGUGAAGAUGCUGUAAUACGUAUAUGGGAUGUCGAGACUGGAAAGAUACUGAAGGAGUCUGAUACAGAAAUCGGUCAUAAAAAGGGUAUUACAUCACUACAAAAAUCAGUGGAUGGUUCGCACUUCAUUACUGGUUCCCUUGAUAAAUCUGCAAAGCUCUGGGACAUCAGAACUUUGACACUUAUCAAGAACUAUACAACUGAACGACCAGUGAAUGCUGUUGCUAUGUCACCGCUUCUUAAUCAUGUGGUUUUGGGAGGUGGUCAGGAUGCUUCAGCUGUCACCACUACUGAUCAUCGUGCUGGAAAGUUUGAGGCCAAAUUCUAUGACAAGAUUCUUACUGAAGAAAUCGGAGGCGUUAAAGGGCAUUUUGGACCAAUUAAUGCUUUGGCUUUCAAUCCUGAUGGGAAAAGUUUCGCAAGUGGUGGUGAAGAUGGAUAUGUGAGAUUGCAUCAUUUUGACCAUGAUUACUUCAACAUCAAGAUUUAGAUUUUGAUAGGACGACGAUUUGGUAGUUAGCUCUUUUGGGUGUCCAGUAGAAAAGGAUGGUGCUUACUGAUGUUUCUCUGGAAGCGACUUUUCGAUCAUCUCCAAUGAAUUUCUUGUAUUCUUCUAUUGUUGCAAGCUAUGUUUUUCGCACUGGAGAAAAUAACAUUUUGUUCAUGGACAAGUUAAGCAAAACAUAUUUACUGGUUA